AUGACGUUUAUGUUUGUGGUGAGUGUGGUGUUGCAGGUUGCUUAUGGACAACACCAUAUCAGAUGCAUUCCGAAGGAGAGGGAUGCACUCCUUCAAUUCAAGGCUGCCAUUGUCGAUGACUACGGCAUGCUCUCAUCUUGGACCACUCCCGACUGUUGCCAAUGGGAGGGGAUUCUCUGCAACAACCUCACCGCCCAUAUUAUACGCCUCGACCUUCAUGGAGAAGUUCAUUAUGAAUAUUUUUAUCGUUAUGGUUAUUAUGGAGUCUCUCAGCGUUACAUCAGCAGAGAGAUCCACAUGUCGCUAAUGGAAUUGCGACACUUACGGUAUUUGAACCUCAGUUUCAAUGAUUUUAAAGACACUAAUAUUCCAGAGUUUCUUGGCUCUCUUACCAACUUGAGAUAUCUUGAUCUCUCUUCAUGUCGUUUUAGCGGACAAAUUCCAACUCAGAUAAGUUCUCUUUCUCAUUUGAAAUAUUUCAAUCUUGCUCAUAAUUAUUAUUUGAAUGGUCCAAUCCCUCGUGAAAUUGGAAAUCUCUCUCUGUUGGAGUAUCUUGAUCUCAGUGGCAAUUCUUUAGAGGGAAGUGUGCCAUCUCAGAUUGGAAAUCUCUAUCGGCUGCAGUAUCUUGAUCUCAGGUACAAUUCUUUUGAAGGAGAGGUUCCUUCCCAACUAGGAAACCUUUCAAAUUUGCAUACACUCUAUCUUGGAGGAAGAUAUGAUCUCAAAGUUGUCACUACUGAUCAAUGGUUAUCUAAUCUUACUUCUUUAACCCAUUUUUCCUUCAAUUCCAUCUCUAAUUUUAACAGUUCUCCUAGCUGGCUGCGAACCAUUGCCAAGCUACCAAAACUAAGAGAACUCAGUUUAAUUGAAUGUGGCCUUUCCGAUCAUUUCCUCCUUUCAUUCAACCCUUCCAACUUCAAUUUUUCUACUUCCCUUUCUGUCCUUAGACUUUCUGAUAACUCCUUCACGCAACCGACGAUAUUCCAGUGGGUGUCAAACACCACUUCCAACCUUGUUGAGCUUGACCUUAGUUCGAACCUCUUGAAGGGUUUGACAUCAAAUCAUUUUGGCUUGGCCAUGAAUUCGCUUGAGCACCUUUACCUCUCCAAUAAUUUGUUCAAGGGUGAAGAUUUGAAAUCAUUCAUGAAUAUAUGCACCCUACAUUCAUUAUACAUGGAUGGAAACAAUAUGACCGAAGACCUUUCGUCAAUUCUUCAUAAUUUCUCCUGUGGUUGUGUUAGAUACUCACUACAGGAGUUGAGUUUGAGAAACAAUCAAAUCAAAGGCAUCGUACCUGACCUUUCAGUGUUCUCAUCUUUAAAGAUAUUGGAUCUUUCUGACAAUCAAUUGAGUGGGAAGAUACCUGAAGGCACUAGAUUGCCAUCUCAUUUGGAGCAGUUGUCAGUUAGGUUUAACUCUUUAGAAGGUGGUGUUCCAAAAUCAUUUGGGAGCACAUGUACUUUGGAGUUAUUGGAUUUGUCUGAUAAUAAGUUGAGUGAAGAUCUUACGGUCAUAUUUAAUCAUUUGUCUGGAUGUUCUAGAUACUCAUUAGAAGAAAUAUAUCUUGGUCAAAAUAAAGUCAAUGGCACAUUACCUGAUUUCUCAAUAUUUGCAAAGUUGGAAACGUUGGAUCUGCGUUUGAAUCAAAUUAGUGGUACUUUGCCUAGCAACCUCGCAACAAUGUUCUCAUCAUUAAAAGAAUUGUACCUUGAUAGUAACAGGCUAAAUGGGACAAUUUCUGAAGAUCUUCGAUUUCCAUUAGAACUUGAGGAAUUAUCCUUGAUGUCAAACUCUUUGAAAGGUGUGUUAACUGACUCUCAUUUUUAUAAUAUGACAAAGUUAAGGAUAUUGAUGUUAUCAGAUAACUCAUUGACGUUAGAAGUUACUCAGAAUUGGGCUUCAGCUUUUCAAUUGGAUAGUAUUGAAUUGAGGUACUGUUCCAAAAUGGUUUUGGACCAAAUUUGGAUUGUCAAAUUGGAUGAGUAUUGA